GAGCGGGCAGCCGCAGCCUGGCCUGCCGGGUCCUCUUUCCUCAUCCCCAGCCAGAGCUGCUGACAGCUGCUUGGGACACUGCCGCUGCCACCGGGGCCUGGCCAGACCUGCAGCCUCUCCUCAGUCUCUCGGGGACUCCUGAGCCACUGCCCCUCAUGGCCCAGAAGGAAGAGGCCACGCAGGCCGAAGCGGCUGCUGCACCUGCCUCCCAAAAUGGGGAGGAGGACCUGGAUGACCUGGCGGACCCCGAGAAGCUGAAGGAGCUCAUCCAGCUGCCACCAUUUGAGAUCGUCAAGGGGGAGCGGCUGCCUGUCAACUUCUUUAAGUUCCAGUUCCGGAACGUGGAGUACAGCUCUGGGCGGAACAAGACCUUCCUCUGCUACGUGGUGGAAGUGCAGAGCAAGGGAGGCCAAGUGCAGGCCUCCCGGGGCUACCUGGAGGACGAGCACGCCGCUGCCCACGCAGAGGAAGCCUUCUUCAACAGCGUUCUGCCGGCCUUCGACCCGGCCCUGCGGUACAACGUCACCUGGUACGUGUCCUCCAGCCCCUGUGCGGCUUGCGCCGAUCGCAUCAUCAAAACCCUGGGCAAGACCAAGAACCUGCGCCUGCUCAUCCUGGUGGGGCGGCUCUUCAUGUGGGAGGAGCCGGAGAUCCAGGCUGCGCUGCGGAAGCUCAAGGAGGCCGGCUGCAGGCUUCGCAUCAUGAAGCCCCAGGACUUCGAGUAUGUCUGGCAGAAUUUUGUGGAGCAAGAAGAGGGUGAAUCCAAGGCGUUUGAGCCCUGGGAGGACAUUCAGGAGAACUUCCUCUACUACGAGGACAAGCUGGCGGACAUCCUGAAGUAGGCGCCGGCCUCGGCCUCCUGUCUGCCUGCUGCCACCACCAAACAGCAGGGACACGUGUGCUGCCUGGGACAUGCCUGCCUUCCGGACACCACUGGCGCUGGAUGGCACCUGACACCAACCCAUCCUGGACAAGGCCCUCAGUGGAUUCCAAAUACACUUCUCACCGCUGUGGUUCACUUAGGCUGUGCCUCUCUCCAGAGCUGCGGUCAGGAAGAAGGCGAGGGAGUGACAAACAGAAAAGCUCGCGGCUCCUGGAGGUCCAGGGUUUGCUUUCCCAGUGUGGCCACUUAGGCAGAGGCCUCAGCCUGAAGGUGCAGAGCUUUCAGUAUGUCCAGAAGCGCAUUUCUUGUUCCGUUGUGCUGUUUUGUUGUGGUUUUUUUUUUUUUUUUUUAAAGAAAGACAGCAACUCAAUAAAAGAAAUAGUGUGGUUUC